AUGCCAUUGCCUAAGUCUGUCUACUCCGUCAAGAAUCCGGUUACAUAUUGGCUGGACCAGUACGAUACGACGGCUUUCGACAUCGUCGAAAGAGGUGGUAGGCCUGAUGAUCACAAGGCUUCAUAUUAUGGAGUACAAAGGCAGAUGAUGAAACGGUUGAGUGUCGAUGAUCAGAAGAAUGGCUACCUUUACAUCUAUGAAGUUGAAGCAAACAAAGGUUUUGUCAAAAUUGGAUAUACCACGCGCUCUAUCAGAAAGCGUCACGAGGAGUGGGUCUUUGACUGCAACCGAAAGUCAAAUCCCUUGUACCCAUUACCUGCUAUCAAGGCCGCGCUCGUUCCAAAUGCCCGCCGUGUUGAGAAGUUAUGUCAUGCAGAAUUGAAGCAUCGCCAGGCGAUUAUUUAUUGUCAGGGCUGUUUAAAGACACACGAAGAAUGGUUCGAGUCUUCGCCCACAGAUGCGAUUGCGGUGGUUGAGAAAUGGUCUGCGUGGAUGAAAAAAGAGCCAUACCAUCCCGACCAGUUAUUACUGAAGCAAGAGGAGGAACGUAAAGCAUUUGAUAUGGAAAAAUUCAUGGAUUGUUUAUUAACAGGAGAUGAUUAG